CUGGACAACGCCCGCCACCUCUCCAGCCUCCUCAGGGCCGUCCACUUCCAGGACCACGCCACCUGCUUCGCCACGGCCAACGGCAUCAGGGUGACGGUGGAGGACGCCAAAUGCAUCCAGGCCAACGCCUUCAUCCAGGCAGAAAUUUUUCAGGAAUUUGCUGUCCAGGAGGAAUCGGUGACGUUCCGGAUCAAUUUGUCUGUUCUUCUUGACUGCUUGACCAUUUUUGGUACCAGUUCUUUGCUAGGAACAUCAACGGCCCUUAGGAUGUGUUACCGUGGUUAUGGUUAUCCCUUGAUGCUGUUCUUGGAAGAAGGAGGAGUAGUGACAGUGUGCAAAAUUAACACUCAAGAACCUGAUGAGUUGUUAGACUUUGAUUUCUGCAGUACAAAGGUGGUGAAUAAAAUUAUCCUGCAGUCGGAGGGGCUACGAGAAGCGUUUGCCGAACUGGAUAUGACCAGUGAAGUUCUGCAGAUUACCAUGUCUCCAGAAAAACCCUACUUCAGGUUAUCCACUUUUGGAAAUGCAGGAAGUGCACAUCUGGACUACCCUAGGGACUCUGAUUUGAUGGAAGCAUUCCACUGUAGCCAGACCCAGACAAACAGGUACAAGAUUUCUUUGCUUAAACCAUCUACAAAGGCACUGGCUUUAUCUUGUAAAGUGUCCAUUCGAACAGAUGCUCAAGGAUUUCUUUCACUGCAGUACAUGAUAAGGAAUGAAGAUGGACAGAUAUGUUUCGUGGAAUACUAUUGUUGCCCUGAUGAGGAUAUUACUGAAGCAGAACUGUAGGUGUAUGUUUCGGCGUCUGUAUUUUUUUUCUGGAUACAUAAAAUACUAUAUUUUUUUAUAAAACUGGAUGAAAGCUGUA